AUGGUUCAGAGCGAUGGAGAAUCUCGAGAAGAUUCCGCUCCACCUGGCAAACCUGGCAGAAAGAAAAAUCCAAACUCUCAAGCGGCCAGAAGGGAUCAAAACCGUAUUGCUCAAAGGGAGUUUCGUCUCAGGAAACAACAGCGAAUCCGUGACCUUGAAGCGAGGGUCGAGAUCCUUUCAGGUGGCAAAGAGGAGGCUAUGGGUGAAAUGAGGAAUAUACUGAAGGACUUGAUGCAGGAGAAUCAGACCCUCCGCAGUCUCCUUCGGAGCGUCUCAGCUUUCAUAGGGGAAGGCGCUGGAGGAUUGUUACCUAAACUUGGAUGGGAGAUGUCCGACUUCAAUAACUUCAUCAACAGGUCGGAAACAGAUACUGCUUGGGAAGGGUACCAGAGACGAAAGAAGGUAACAGCGACUACGGAAAUAUUGAAUCCUGGUCAGAAACGGACCGCGGACCAGGAUGAUUCUUCUUCGCUGAACAAGAAGGCUCGUACUAAUGACGCCGCUGACGCUGGCAGCUCGUACUCCAUGCUCUUACCAAUGAGUAGCAGCCCCAUAACUUCCACAACCCUCUACCAAGGACCCAACUCUCAUGAUGGGCGUACAAUGUUCUCCGAUAUCAUGCGCAACAGCAAUGGCUCUCCGAUGUUUAUGUCGGGGUCUAGUUCUAGUACUUCUCCUCAAUAUGGGGGUCCUUCAAGUUCAAAUGUCUCUGGAUACCCAUAUAUCCCAGGUGGUCAUAUGAAUCUCGAAUCUUCUCUCCCUCCGAUAUCAUUCCCACCAACCCCUUCGGUCACAAACACGCAGUCAAGAUCGAGUGAUCAGCCAUCUCCUGAACAGAUGGAAGACGACGAAGAUCCCAAUAAGAAUGAAGCUUAUAAACUUAUUCAUUAUCAUUUGGACAACUUCAAAAGAAACAGUGCAUAUUGCUUACCUUCUUCUUUACGACCUACUUUAGUUCAACGGACUGUGCCCCAUGAGAGUGUUAUCGACCGCAUCCUCCAUCCGGAACUACGCGACCGAAUGAUUCUUUUGAGAACCAGGUUCGAUCUGGUAGAUUGUCUGUUGGAAUAUCGAAAUGCGGUCACCAUACAUGGAGACGACGUUUUAGCCCACAGUAAUUGGGAGAUCAAUGAGAAAUGGCUGCGCAAAUACGGAUUCCUCGUUGAACAGGCCACAUUAAAUAUAAUGAAUCGUUGGCGGAGGGAAAGGGGUGAACCUGAACUUCGUUUGAGCGACAUUGCUAGCGCAGAGCAUUCCCCUAAUGCAGUUUAA